ACUACGUGAAAAGAGUGGUGCGAGAAACAUGUGUGGUCGAACAGCUUGUUCUCUGAACCCGGAUACUUUGUGCCGUGCGUGCAGCUAUAGGGAUGCAGCCGGCAAACAACGCACGACAACAUGGACCAAAAGUGACGUCAAGUACGUUCCAUCUACCAAUAUUGGACCUAAGGAUAGUCUUCCAUGUAUCGUUGUUGGCUCACACUUUGGUAAACAGGACGAACGAGUCCUUUGUGCUAUGAUGUGGAGCAUGAUUCCACCCUGGAACGAGGGAAAUUAUAAAAAGCACAAUUUGUCGACGCAUAACGCACGAUUGGAAAAUAUAAAAAAUUCCAAAUUAUACAAUCCACCACUACGUAAGGGAUAUAGAUGUAUUGUACUUUGUGAAGGAUAUUAUGAAUGGAAAGCUGGAAAAACAAAGAAAGAUCCUAAACAACCGUAUUAUAUAUAUGCUACUCAAGAAAAAGGAGUAAAGGCAGAUGAUUCUUCAACAUGGAAUGAUGAAUGGUCUGAGGAAUCUGGUUGGAAAGGAUAUAAACUUCUACAAAUGGCAGGAAUUUUUAAUACAUUUAAAACGACAGAGGGUAAAACAAUAUAUAGUUGUACAAUUAUUACAACUGAGUCAAACAGUGUUCUUUCUUGGUUGCAUAAUCGUAUACCUGUAUUCCUAAACAAAGAGGAAGAUAUACAGAUUUGGUUGAAUGGAGAGCUAUCAGUAGCUGAAGCUGUUGACAGAUUAAACAAAUUAACGUUAUCAGAUGGUGAUUUAAGUUGGCAUACAGUUUCAACUCUGGUAAACAAUGUAUUAUGCAAAAGUGAAGAUUGCAGAAAGGAGAAAAAAGCCAUAGCAGAGAAAAAAAACAACCCUACUAGUUUUAUGGCUUCUUGGUUGAAGAAGGGGUGUGCAGAGUCAGCUAAGAGAAAAUGUACCGAAACUGAAAAAAGUGAUAACAUACCAUCCAAAAUUGCAAAGUAAUAAUUGCAAAUGACAAAAAAAAAUGUUGUCCAA